AUGUACCAAGACUUGCCAUCACUGGUGGAAACCAUGAUGCUCUCUGCAGGAUGGCAUCACGAGAGGAGAUCAACGGUCGUGAGAAAGAGGAGCAACCAAGAAAAGGAAUAUCGCUCCGACUAUCAACAAGCUGCAUGCGAUUUGAUCCGAAACAUCGACAUUUGCUUCAAAGUCCAUCCACACACCCUGGUGAAUGGUACAACUGUGGCUUUCAAGCAACAGGCGCCAUGGAUCGAGCCUCAGCAUCUCCUGCGCAAGUUCUCUGAGCCAACACAUUGUGCAGGGUGGUUUGCUUUUUGCUCACUUGACCGCCCGUGGGAAACCGAGUCGUGUUUCACAGCAUCGAGAUCUCAGAUCAUAUGGUGA